UCCAUUGCUUGUAAACAACUUUUUAAUAACAAAUUGGCUAGCUCAAAAUAUUGUUCAUUAUUAAAAUACCAACUAACUUUCCUUUUGGGAAGUUUGUUUAAAUAAUUGAUCUUUGCCUCCGUAAUUCAGUACUCUGAAAAGAGAAAACACCCAUGGAAUCCAUCUGCUCCUCCUUGGAGCCGAUGUUUCCCUGUCGGGAGGCGGCCAUUGAAACGCUUGGCGAGCUGAUAGGAGAUUCCAGUGAGGCCUAUCCCUCGGCAAUUUACCUUUUCGGGCACAGUGGAACCGGCAAAACAGCUCUGACCAGAGCUUUUCUCAAGGAAUGUGGAAAACGGCAGAAAGUCCGCACAGCACAUUUAAAUGCCAUCGAGUGCUACACCACCAAGAUCAUGCUAGAGAUCCUGUUAGACUCGCUGGCACCGGAACAAGGUGAUUCUGUAAAGGUUGACAACAUGCUGGACUUCGUGGAGCAGCUGCGUCGUUACGCUGCUCCGCGUGCGAAGGCUCAGGGUUUUCUCAUCGCCGUGGAUAACGCGGAACGUCUGCGGGACAUGGAUGCCAAUGUGUUGCCCGUUCUACUCCGGCUGCAGGAGCUGACCAACCUGAAUCUGUGCGUUAUUUUGCUGUCCCAGCUUCCAUUUGAGAAGUUUUACAAUAAGACCGGACUUGGCGAAAUCAUCUGCCUGCACUUGGCGCAGUACAACAAGGCUGAAACACAGCGUAUCCUGGGAUCUGACUUUAAACAGGUGCGAAAUCAACUGCUGGAACAGUUUGCCCAGGAUAAAAAGCGUCUGGAGAUUUGUCAGGAAGCCGUGACCGAAGACUUCUACAACAACUACCUAAAUCUCUUUCUGAGCGUAUUUUACAAAGCUUGCCGCGAUGUUCCGGAGCUCCAGCUGACGUCCAGCAAGUGUCUGUCCAUUUACUUAGAGCCCGUACUGGACGGCACUGUGGAUGCCACGGACAUCUCUCGACUUUGGCGGCAUAUAGCCGGGCCUCUUCGUUCCGCCUUAACCCAGAUCUAUAUGCGAAUUGAAAAAUCCGCAGAGGAAACUGAAGAUUUCACCGCUAUUGAAGAUCAGAGCGUUCGCAAGCUGGCGCAGUCGCUGGAGCUACCCUACUAUGCCAAGUACCUGCUGAUCGCCGCUUUUCUGGCCAGCCACAAUGCCGCCAAUCAGGACAAGCGGUUGUUCGUUAAGCACCAUGGAAAGCAGCGCAAGCGUAUGCAGACGGUCAACGCCAGAGCCAAGACCACGGAGAAAAUGUCCACCACUUUGGGACCCAAAUCCUUCAGCAUCGACCGCUUGCUGGCCAUUUUCUACGCCAUUCUAGAGGAGAAAGUAGGUCUGACCUGCAACCUUCUCUCCCAGAUCUCAACCUUGGUGCACCUCAAGCUGCUCAGCUUUGUCUCCGGCGAACAGAACAUAAUGGACGGGUCUGCUAGGCUGCAGUGCACCAUCGGUUUAGAGUUUGUUCUGCAGAUCGGUAAGGUGGUAGGCUUUAAUGUCCGCCAAUACCUCUGCGACUUUAUGUAGUCUGGUUGUUUUCAGUUUUUAAAUAUAUUGAAUAAAUAGUCCGGUACAUCGCUUA